GCAAGAAGAGACUCGUUUUUGCGCAGGGUAGUGGCAGCUCUUCUCCUUACCGUCAGUCUGUGGGGAAAAAAACGCCUGCAUUUAACGAUUACGUCAUGGAAACGCUUCCUCGAUUUUUUAGAAAAAGGUGUGGUGUUACACCUGCUACAGGUGCUGCUCAACGUCAGUCCAGUUCACUCAGCACUGAGAGCACCGGCUUGCUUGUUGAAGAAAUGGGUUUCUGAAGCCAACUUCGAGAAGUUAGGUGUAGACUGGAAAAUGUUCUUGUGCCUUUUCAGUUGCUUUUUUGUGACAUGACUGACUUAAAACUGAAGGAAGAGUCAAGAGUCAAGAGUCUUAUAUUAACUGCAGCAUUAAGAUGCGGAUUUCUGUAGAGAGCUGUUUCCGUACUACAAGAGGAAAGUCUGUGCACAGUUACCAGGCAGAAAGCGGGGGAGGCUUGGCGAUGCUGAAGAAGGGGAAGAGCAGGAUGAAGAUUGAGCCCAGGAAAGCUCAGAGCCUAGAGGAGGCCCAGCUGGAGAUGCAGCAGUUCCACAAGGCUUUGGCCAAGCAAGGAGCCCCGAGGUCCCAGACGUUUGACUGCACAUAUGAGAAGCCGCUGGAGAAAACAGAGGGGACAGGCUCCGUCAGUAGAAAUAGCUUUGUAAAGCACAAUAAAACAUUCCACAAGCUCUUCCAAGACGUUCCAGAGCAUGAGGCUUUAACACACACUUUUACAUGUGCUCUGCAGAAGGAGGUGCCGUACCAUGGUAAAAUGUUUGUGUCUGAAAACUUCAUCUGUUUCUACUCAUCUGUGCUUCUAAAAGACACCAAGGUGGUGAUUCCCGUGAGCUUGGUGGCCAUUAUAAAAAAACAGAACACAGCUCUCCUGGUGCCAAAUGCUCUGUCUAUCCGAAGAAACGAUGGAGAAAAGUUCGUGUUUGUGUCACUGCGGAACCGGGAGUCCUGUUUCAAACUCCUGAAGUCUCUUUGCUCUCAGUAUGAGGACCUCAGUACCAACAGCAGCCCUGUGUUCUCCUCUGCAGAAAACAGCCUAGAGAAAGGCAAGAACUUGAAUUCUAGCCAGUCCAGCCUCGAGGACAGCAAUGAUCAGUCCAUUGAGAGAAAUUCUACCUUCUCAAAAGAUGUCUCGCCCAUUCCCAAAGUCAACAAAGGCACCAAAGAGUAUGCACCUGCUUUGAAUGCGUCCACCCCUACAAAUUACAACCAUGAAGAUCAGACCGACAGUGUUGCAGAGCCCCACACAGGUGCCUCUUGGGUCUGGUCGGUAACUCAGAAGGCGAAAUCCUUCCUCGCUGUGCGAGAGACUACUGCUGUUAAUGUCCUGCUGUUGAUUUACCUAAUGCUGGUGGUUGUGCUGCUGCUGUCCUCAGGGUACAUCGGCCUGCGCAUUGUAGCUCUGGAGGAGCAGCUGACCUCCAUGGGUGCCCUGCCUGAGUUCUCUAUGCAAAGCGAGUACAAGAAGACAUAACCCCUCAGAUGUGGUGUAGAGGCCAGCACAAGUGCUGUUGUGUGGGAUUUGAUGAUAAAGCCACCAACCGAGGG